UUCAGGGGCGGGACUCCCCCCCCGCCGAGACGGCGUCAUUCGGGCUGUCAGCAGACGGCCUGAGGCUACGAUGUGGCGGCGGGCGGAGCGUGCGCUGAGGACCAGUCUCUGUGCUCAUUUGCGAUGCCAGUCGACCAGCAGCCAGGCUUCUGCUGCUGCAUCCAGGACAAACCCGGCGCGACAUGGAUUCAACUUUGAGCUCACAGCAGAACAGCGAGAGUUCCAGGAGAUGGCGCGGAAAUUUGCCCGGGAGGAGUUGCUUCCAGCAGCCGCUGAGUAUGACAGGACUGGAGAGUAUCCUGUUCCACUUAUUAAGAGAGCGUGGGAGCUGGGACUGAUGAACACACACAUUCCUGAGAGUUGUGGUGGAUUGGGACUGGGUAUUUUCGAUUCCUGUCUCAUAACUGAAGAAUUAGCUUAUGGCUGCACUGGUAUUCAAACUGCAAUAGAAGCCAACUCACUGGGGCAAAUGCCGGUCAUCCUGGCGGGGAACGAGCAGCAGAAGAAGAAGUACCUGGGCCGGAUGACCGAAGCUCCGCUGAUGUGUGCCUAUUGUGUGACGGAGCCAGGUGCCGGCUCCGAUGUGGCUGGAAUCAAGACCAGAGCCGAGAAGAAAGGCAACGAGUAUGUUAUCAAUGGGCAGAAGAUGUGGAUCACCAACGGAGGCAAGGCUAACUGGUACUUCCUCCUGGCUCGCACAAAUCCUGAUCCCAAAGCGUCUGCGGGCAAGGCCUUCACUGGAUUUAUCGUGGAUGCCGAUUCCCCUGGAAUCCAAGUUGGAAGAAAGGAGCUCAAUAUGGGUCAGCGAUGCUCAGAUACCAGGGGUAUUGUAUUUGAAGAUGUCCGAGUGCCCUUGGAGAACGUCCUCAUUGGAGAGGGAGCUGGGUUUAAAAUUGCCAUGGGAGCUUUUGAUAAAACCAGACCACCGGUUGCUGCUGGAGCUGUGGGUUUAGGCCAGAGAGCUGUGGAUGAAGCCACCAAGUAUGCUCUGGAAAGGAGAACUUUUGGAAGGUUGCUGGUAGAGCAUCAAGCAGUUUCCUUCCUCCUGGCAGAGAUGAUGAUGAAGGUGGAACUGGCUCGCCUUGCUUACCAGCGGGCAGCCUGGGAGGUCGACCAGGGGAGGAAGAACACCUAUUACGCCUCCAUCGCCAAGGCCUUCGCAGGGGACAUGGCAAAUCAGGUCGCCAGUGACGCCGUCCAGAUCUUCGGCGGCAACGGGUUCAACAGUGAAUAUCCCGUGGAGAAACUGAUGCGAGAUGCCAAGAUCUACCAGAUCUACGAAGGCACGGCUCAAAUCCAGAGACUAAUCAUCGCACGGGAGCACAUUGAGAAGUUUCAGCAGUGAGUUACUGACAGCCCACUGGCAAGCAAUGUGAUGUACCCCUGGUUAAAUGCUCAGCUAUGCAAUUCCAACACUUCCCAACCUUUAGUCUUCCAUCCUGCUUUACAGGAAAAGUUUAACCCAUUGCCCACUGAUCAAAAUUUUCUUAGUUUUAACCUUGCUUUGUAUCUAUUAGCAAGCGCCUCAGUUUGGGUGGUAUAAGGAGCACUUUGGAACUGUGAAAUUUGGUGAAAUUAUAAAUGUGGAACAAACAAAUGAUUAUUUUAAAAAUAAACCACCAGCAAGGUGUUGUUGGAACAAUUUUCGGCA